CCAACUCUCACUUCUACAGUAACCACUCCACCAUGAGGAAACGCAUCGCCAACCCCGAUCUGCCCGCUCCUCCAUCGGGCAAAUAUCCUGCCAAAGCUCACUGUCGUCGGGUAGCGAAAUGGAUUGCUGAGAAUGGAGGUCCGACGUCGGGCAUCAUCUACCUCCAAGGCCAGUCCCUUCACAUUCACGAAGAUGAUGACACCCCGUCGCGCUUCCGCCAGCGGAGGCACUUCUUCUAUCUCACGGGAUGUGAGGUGCCCGAGUGCUUCUUCGCCUACGACAUUACCGCGGAUCACUCGACACUCUGGAUUCCUCCCGUGGAGGACGAAGAGGUGAUGUGGUCGGGCAUGCCCUUGCUUCCAAAGGAAGCCUUGGAGCGCUUCGAUGUCGACACUGUCUUGACCACCGACGAUCUCAAAUCGGGCAAGAGUCUCUCGAAGAUGCUGAAGCAGCCGGGCACGCCUGUCAUGGUGAUCAAGGACCGCGCCGACCUCGCCCUUUUCAACUCUCCCGAGAUCAAGGCUUGUUCUCCGAAAAUCAACACCGACUACACCCGUCGUGCCAUUGAAACCUGCCGCGUGGUCAAAGACUCGCACGAGAUUGCGAUGCUCCGGCACGCCAACAUCAUCUCCUCCUACGCCCACGAGCGCAUCCUGGCGUCGGUGAAGGCUGCGCAGAAUGAACGAGAACUGAAUGCCGUCUUCGUCAUGCACUGCCACGCCAACGGCUGCAGAGAUCAGGCGUAUCCGUGUAUCUGCGCUAGCGGUACGGGCGCCAGUACCCUACAUUACGUGCACAACGACGAGCCUCUCAAGGGCAAGCUGAAUCUCCUUCUCGACGCCGGAGCGGAGUACUCGCUUUACUGCGCAGACAUCACCCGCACCUUCCCGCUCAACGGCACAUUCACCAAAGAGAGCAGGGAGAUCUACACGCUCGUGCUCAAGAUGCAGACGGAGUGCAUGGACAUGAUCCGAGCGGGCGUGCUGUGGGAGGAUGUGCACAUGAAGGCGCAUUCCGUGGCGGCAGAGGGCUUACGGGACCUUGGCAUUCUGGAGAAGAAACUGAGCACGGCGCAGAUUCUGGAGUCCAAGGUGACGUGUCGCUUCUUCCCACAUGGACUUGGUCAUUAUCUGGGCAUGGAUACGCACGACACGGGCGGGAAUCCGAACUACGAGGAUCCGAAUGAGUUCUUCAGAUAUCUUCGCAUCCGAGGCAGGCUGCCGGCCAACUCGGUGGUGACGAAUGAGCCGGGCAUCUAUUUCAGAAAGUAUCCCUUCCAGGCGGAAUUGGACGCGGGGAAGUGGGACGGGAUUGUGGACCAGAGUGUGCUGGCGCGGUACUGGGAGGUGGGCGGUGUAAGGAUUGAGGAUGACAUCUUGGUCAAGGAGGAUGGGUGGGAUAAUAUGACGACGGUGAAGAGCAGUCUGGAUUAUAUCGAGGCCGCUGUCAAUGCGGAGUAGGUUGGUAGGGCUAUGAGAGAUGUCUGAAUUGUCGUAGUCUUCCGAUUCCGAUGCUCGCUGAUUG